AAAUAAAAUAUUUAGAUUACCGAGUGCAAAUUAUCAACCGCUCAUUUGACAAGUAAAAAGCAUGUGGAGCGUAGCUACUCGUCGAUGGGCGGCGCGUGCUGCCAGUUCGCGCAAUGCGCGCGCGUCUGCAUUCGCCGCAAACUUCUCGUCGUCUGGCGAAUCGAAGGACGAGAAACUCGAGGCGCAGGUGAAGAAAUGGCAGCAGCAGAAGCCCGAAGAUAAAGCCAAGUUCCUGUCCGUGCAGGUGGACCGCUCGGCACUGAAGCAGCCGGGUGCACUGGCCAGCAACGUGCCUGUGGACCUGCCACAGGGCAAGAGCAAGGAAAACUCGCUGGUGCAUGUGCUACGCUCCAUGAUCGAGGUCAAAGGCCCUCUCACGGUGGCCGAGUUCAUGUCCCGCGCUCUGAGCCACCCGGACCAUGGCUACUACAUGAAGAAAGACGUGUUCGGCAGUCAAGGAGACUUCACCACGGCGCCUGAGAUCAGUCAGAUGUUCGGCGAACUCAUUGCGGUCUGGUGCGUAGCGACGUGGCAGCAAAUGGGCAUGCCCAGCCACAUCAAGAUCGUGGAAAUGGGUCCAGGACGAGGUUCCCUAAUGAGCGAUUUCCUCCGAGCCGCCAAGUCGUUCCCGCCAUUCUACGAAGCCAUUGAAAUCCACAUGGUAGAUAUUAGUCCAGCGAUGCAGAAGAUUCAGCAGGAGACGCUUAAAUGCGAGCCGAUCGAAGACAAAACGGUGCCGGAGAACACGAUGCGGCUGCCGGAUAACGGACCUACUGUUCGCUGGCAUGCAGACUUUGCCAACGUGCCGCAUGGCCCGAGUUUGAUGAUCGCGCAGGAACUAUUUGAUGCUCUGCCAGUGCAUCAGUUCGAAUACACAGAUCGUGGCUGGCGUGAGCGUCUAGUGGACAUCGACUUCGAAGACGGCGGCGACCAUUUCCGCUUCGUGUUGUCGCCUGGUCCGACACCAGCGACGCGCGUGUACAUUGGACGGGAGAAACUAUUCGACCCGUCGACGGCUUUAUCACACGUGGCUGAAACGCAUAUCUCUGGUGUUGAAGACCUCAAGAAGAUGCAAGACACGGUAGUGCAGCGCUUGGACGUCGCGGACGUGGCUGGCACACCUGUACACACGCCACAGGCUAAGGUCGGUGACAAGAUUGAGAUCUCGCCUGUUAGUAUCGCUCUAGUGCAGGACAUGGCCAAGCGCAUCUCGCAGUCAGGAGGUGGCGCUCUGAUCGUGGACUAUGGCUACGAUCACCCGUCGGAGCUCAGUCUUCGAGGUAUUAAGAACCACGAGUUCGUCAGUGUACUGCGUGAACCAGGUGAUGUGGAUCUGAGUAUCGACGUGGACUUCGCGACGCUGCGUCGAUUCGCUACUACUGAAUCCAAAGUCAAGGGCUCGGGUCCAGUCGGUCAAGGAACAUUUCUGAAGAACAUGGGCAUCGAGCACCGUCUCGCCAUGUUGCUGCAGAAUACCGAGUCGGAGAAGGUUCAGCAGGACUUGUUCUCUUCGUACGAGCGUCUCGUGGAGCCUGAGCAGAUGGGUACAAUCUUUAAGGCCAUGGCGCUGACACACGAAGAUAUCGGCCAGCCCGUGGGCUUCGAAGAGAUUCCGACGGAGUCUACCGAGCAGUAGACCCUGCAAGGUUAAAAAAAAAACAAUAGAGCGAAGUUUGUGUCUAAAACUGACAAAUAUUUCGUUUUU